AUGUCCGUUUAUACAAAAAUAGGCACGUUUAUACACAUACAAAACAAUUUAAUUCUUAUUCAUUCAAUACCGUUCUUUUUCAUUCGCAUUCCUUCUUCAUUCGCAUUCCUUCGUCUUCAUUCGCACCCCUUCGUCUUCAUUCGCAUUCCUUCAUUCGUAUUCCUUCUUCUUCACUCGCAUUCCUUCUUCAUUCACAUUCCAUCUUCAUUCGCAUUCCUUCAAUCGUAUUCCUUUUUCUUCAUUCACAUUCAUUCUACUUUACUCGCAUUCCUUCUUCAUUCACAUUCCUUCUUCAUUAGCAUUCCUUCUUCAUUCGUAUUCCUUUUUCUUCAUUCACAUUCCUUCUUCUUCAUUCACAUUCCUUCUUCUUCAUUCACAUUCCUUCUUCAUUCGCAUUCCUUUAUUCGUAUUCCUUUGUCUUCAUUCACAUUCCUUCUUCUUUACUCGCAUUACUUCUUCAUUCACAUUCCUUCUUUAUUCGCAUUCCUUCUUCAUUCACAUUCCUUCAUUCGUAUUCCAUUUUCUCAUUCACAUUCCUUCUUCUUCACUUGCAUUCCUUCUUCAUUCACAUUUCUUCUUCAUUCGCAUUCCUUCUUCAUUCGCAUUUCUUCUUCUUCAUUCGUAUUCCUUCUUCUUCAUUCACAUUCCUUCUUCUUCACUUGCAUUCCUUCUUCAUUCACAACCCUUCUUCAUUCGCAUUCCUUUUUCUUCAUUCACAUUCCUUCAUUCGUAUUCCUUUUUCUUCAUUCACAUUCCUUCUUCACUUGCAUUCCUUCUUCAUUUGCAUUCCUUCUUCAUUCGCAUUCUUUCUUCUUCAUUCGCAUUCUUUCUUCUUCAUUCGCAUUCCUUCUUCAUUCGCAUUCCUUCAUUCGUAUUCCUUUUUCUUCAUUUACAUUCCUUCUUCUUUACUCGCAUUCCUUCUUCAUUCACAUUCCUUCUUCAUUCACAUUCCUUCUUCAUUCGCAUUCCUUCUUCUUCAUUCUCAUUCCUUCAUUCGUAUUCCUUUUUCUUCAUUCACAUUCCUUCUUCACUCGCAUUCCUUCUUCGUUCACAUUCCUUCUUUUUCAUUCAGAUUCCUUCAUUCGUAUUCCUUAUUCUUCAUUCACAUUCGUUCUUCAUUCGCAUUCCUACUUCAUUCGCAUUCCUUUUUCUUCAUUCUCAUUCCUUCAUUCGCAUUCUUUUUUCUUCAUUCACAUUCCUUCUUCUUCACUAGCAUUCCUUCUUCAUUCACAUUCCUUCUUCAUUCGCAUUCCUUCUUCUUCAUUCACAUGCCUUCAUUCGUAUUCCUUAUUCUUCAUUCACAUUCCUUCUUCACUCGCAUUCCUUCUUCUUCAUUGA